UUCAGCCUCAAAGUCACGCGCUGGCGGGACCCUCAGGUCUGCACCCACAACUGUUGCAGUGCUGUGGAGGGUGCUACUGUUUUGGAAGCUUGGAAGGCCUGGGGUGAAGAGCCCCAGGAGAGGGCGGGGCCGAAGGCUCGGCUCUGUACGGCAGAGGAGCUCUGCCCUUUUCCAAGAGGAUCCCAGACGAAGACUGGUCUUUUUCUGCAAAUACCAAAGCCAUGGCUCAGGAGUCAGUGAUGUUCAGUGAUGUGUCCAUAGACUUCUCUCAGGAGGAGUGGGAAUGCCUAAAUGAUGAUCAGAAAGAUUUAUACAGAGAUGUGAUGUUGGAGAAUUACAGCCACCUGGUAUCAAUGGGACAUUCUGUUUCUAAACCAGAUGUGAUCUCCUUCUUGGAGCAGGGGAAGGAGCCUUGGUUGGUUGACAGAGAACUAACAAGAGACCAGUGGCCAGUCCUGGAAUCAAGAUGUGAGACCAAGAAAUUAUUUCUGAAGAAGGAAAGUUAUGAAAUAAAGUCAGCGCAGUGGGAGAUAAUGGAAAGACUUACAAGACAUGACCUUCAGUGCUCUAGUUUCAGAGAUAAUUGGGAAUGUAAUGGCCAGUUUGAGAAACAUGGCUCUCAGGAGGGACGCUUCAGUCAACUGAUAUUCACCCAUGAAGGCAUGCCCACUUUCAGUCAGCAUCCAUCCUUUACUACGCAUCAAAUAAUUCAUUCCAUUGAGAAACCCUAUGAAUGUAAGGAAUGUGAAAAGGCUUUUCGUUCUGGUUCGGACCUUACUCGACAUCAGAGAAUUCAUACUGGUGAGAAGCCCUAUGAAUGUAAGAUAUGUGGGAAAGCCUAUUCUCAGAGUUCACAACUUAUCAGUCAUCAUAGAAUUCAUACUGGUGAGAAACCCUAUGAAUAUAGAGAAUGUGGGAAGACGUUUAAUUAUGGCUCACAACUUAUUCAACAUCAAAAUUUAAUUCAUACUGGUGAAAAACCCUAUGAAUGUAAGGAGUGUGGAAUGGCCUUUAGACAGACUGCACACCUUACUCGACAUCAGAGACUUCAUUCUGGUGAAAAACUCUAUGAAUGUAAGGAAUGUGGAGAAUCUUUUAUAUGUGGCCCAGACCUUAGAGUACAUCAGAAAAUUCAUAUUGGUGAAAAGCCCUAUGAAUGUAAAGAAUGCGGGAAAGCCUUCAGAGUGCGCGGACAACUUACUCUCCAUCAGAGGAUUCAUACUGGUGAGAAACCCUAUGUAUGUACAGAAUGUGGAAAGGCCUUUAGACAGUAUGCACAUCUUACUCGACAUCACAAACUUCAUACUGGUGAGAAACCCUAUGAAUGUAAGGAAUGUGGGAAGGCCUUCAGAGUGAGACAGCAACUAACACUACACCAGAGAAUUCAUACUGGUGAGAAACCCUAUGAAUGUAAGGAAUGUGGAAAGACCUUUAGUCGUGGCUAUCAUCUUAUUCUUCAUCACAGAAUUCAUACUGGUGAGAAACCUUACGAAUGUAAGGAAUGUUGGAAGGCGUUUAGUCGUUACUCACAACUUAUUUCACACCAAAGUAUCCAUAUUGGUGUUAAACCUUAUGACUGCAAGGAAUGUGGGAAGGCUUUUAGAUUACUCUCACAACUUACACAACAUCAGAGUAUUCAUAUUGGUGAGAAACCCUAUAAAUGUAAGGAAUGUGGGAAGGCCUUUAGAUUGCGCCAAAAACUUACUUUACAUCAGAGCAUUCAUACUGGUGAAAAACCCUUUGAAUGUAAGGAAUGUAGGAAGGCCUUUAGACUUAAUUCAUCCCUUAUUCAGCAUCUGAGAAUUCAUUCUGGUGAGAAACCCUAUGAAUGUAAGGAAUGUAAGAAGGCCUUUAGACAACAUUCACACCUUACCCAUCAUCUGAAAAUUCAUAAUGUAAAAAUAUAAGAUAGUUUUUCAAUUCUAGAGUGUUGUAGAACACUCUAUGAAUUUAGUAAUUAAUCCCUUUUGUUUCCUUCAUACAGGUAAUUGACUUGGCAUAAGAGGUUUUAUAUCAUUAAAAAAAUGUUAAUUUAAUGUAUUCCACCAUCACUUAAUCCUGAUAAACUUCACAUUUAUUCUAAAAACUAAUCCUAUCAAUGUGACAAAUAUGGGAGACACUUACCUCUGUCCUGUCACUUACCUACUUGUAUUAUAUUGACAAGAUGCUUAACUGUUCUGUGCUAUAUUUUUUUCAUUGUAAAUGGUAAUACAGUACUGUGACAGAAUAAAGAUUGUUGCAAAUUGUUUGACAUUCUCCCCUCCCCCCAUCAAGAUCUGGAAUCUACAUCCAUUCUUAAGGCUGGGUAGACCAUGUCUUUGACUAACAUAAGUACUGCUGUGCCAGUUUCCAGGUUUUACUGGUAGAUUUUACUUCAUCUCUUGGAGUGCUCCUUUAAGCAUAGGCUGUGAAUUCUGUUAAAAAGUCUGGCUGCUCUGCUGAAGAGACCACAUACAGAAGCCCUAAGUUCACAAAGAAAGGAAGAGGCACCCUUCAGAGCUCAGUCUUCCACACAUGCCUACCAAGACACCAGACGUUUAAGUGAAAUAGUGUUGGAUCCUCCAGACAACCCGGCAACUGAGUGCCAUUGAGUGACUUCAGUUGAUACCAUAUAAAACAGAUGAAUCAACUAAACCCCUGCCCAAAUUCCUGAGCCACAAGAUCAUGAGAUACAAUAAAAUGAUUGUAUUUUAAGCCACUAAAUUUUGUUUUAUUAUUAUCAUUAAUAUUACUCCUUUGAAAAUUCAUAUGAAAGACUAUAGGCACAAUGAAUAUAGAAAUGCCUUCCACCAACACUCACCCUUAUUGAACUUCAGAUAACUUACUCUUUUUAAAAUAGUAGAAGUCAGAAAUUGUUUUUCAAUUUGUUCAUAAAAAACCAGAUAUUCUACAGUCUACAC